AACCUAGAGAGAAAUUUUACUGUGGCCCUAGGGAAGGCAAUUGGGAUCUAGCGAGCGAGCGAGCGAGCGAUCGCGCUUAGAGCGAUGAGCCAAUGGCGGGAUUAUCGCGGCAACAGGAGCUCCCUGUUUGAUAAUCUGGAAGCCGGGAGGAAUGUUUCGUCCUCGUAUGCCAGCGGCGAGAUCGAUGAGCAAGAGAAUGAGAGAGAUCUGGACGGCCUCCACGAUCGAGUCCGGAUGCUCAAGACGCUGACAACAGAUAUCCAUGAAGAAGCGCAAUCGCAUUCUCGACUCCUGGAUCAAAUGGGGAGUGGAAUGGAUACUGCGCGAGGCAUGCUUUCCGGGACAGUCGAUCGAUUCAAAAGAGUCUUCGAAACAAAAUCUGGCCGCAACAUGUUCACGAUCGUUGCCUCGUUUCUUCUCGUGUUCCUCCUCAUAUACUUCAUGGUAAAGUAGAGUACGUGUAUCGUCUACCACUUUGCUUGUAGAUAGCCAAUCCAGAAGCUCUUUUAGUCAAAAUCGCUAGCCAAAAAUAAAUCUAAACCAUAUAACGCGUGAAGAUCAGCUUGACGCAAAAUCCA